AUGGCUAUUCCUGUUGCUCUGAACUUAAUGGUCAAUGAUACAACUAAGCAAUUAUUAUUUGUUUUAUUAGAAAACAUGCCAGCACCAACACCAUCAAUUUCCACAGAAGCAGGAGCCAAGAACAGCAACUGUACUUUGGGAAGCCACAAAAUUCUUCCCAAGGCAACCACCUGCAUCCAGCUCUGCCUGCACCACAUUGGUGAUUUGAAGCCAAGUUCUCUAGAACAGUGAUGGGGGGAUGAACAAAGAAGGUUCUGUGUGAAUGAGCUGGUGUUCAGCAGUAUGCAGAACUUUGUCUCUGUUAUCAUGAACUACAGAGGUCAAGUGGAAUAUCUGCUGCAAAAUGAGAGUUCUCUUCAAAGUGUGGAAACACCAGCCAAAGUGUUAAUAGAGGCUGCUGUGACUGAGCUCUCCAUGGCCAUCUCCCAUCUCAUCCAUGUCUACAGCAGCAGCUUUGAUGCGAAUUUCCAGGUUCCCAGCAUACCUAAGAGCCCUUUGUGUGCAGACAUCAGCCUAAUCCAGCUGAGCUUCCCUUUUUGUGCUGCCCACAGCAUCCCAGGAGCCUGGUGGCAGGUAGGAGGAGUUUUUUUUCUCCUUUGUAGCUACAAAGUUUUCUCUUUCUCCUGUUUGCUGACUUAUGCUGGGAAGACAAUAUGUCAAGCAAAGAUUUGCAAAAAUACUCUUAAAAGAUCCUUCUUUUUCCUGGCUGACUGGAAUGAGAAGGUCAGCUUCCCUCUACAAAUAAAGGAUCUUCCAAGGGAAACUAUGCUGACAAUGAAACUACUGGGAAUAAACAGCACCUCCAAAAAUACAGAAGUGCUUGCUUGGACAUGCUCCCCCUUGUAUGCAAAAGAAAGGGCACUUCACUCUUCUGUAGUGUUGAAAAUGGCUGUGUUCAGCACAGUGAAGGGGACACAGGGCUACUUUCCUUUCAUUUGCCAUGAAAUUGUGGAGACCACUGCUGAAGUGACCCUUCAAAUCGACUUCCCAGAAGCUGAUUUGGAGUUCAUUAAACCUGAACCUGGAAGAAGAGGUGAUGUUGUAGAGCCUGAAGCAGAAUGCAGGAGUUUCACAGAAACAUUCUCUCUUGCUAGAAGUUUUCUGUUGCUCUCAGAGCAGCAGAGAAGGAUCUGGUGGUUUUAUCACUGCUCCUGCAGCAGCCAGAGCUGCUCCCUGCCUCUGGUGCUGGGCAGUGCACCCACCUGGGUGAGGAACUGGGGGUUUUCCAGCCCUCUAGAGGCACUGGGGCUGCUGCCCUGCAGUUUUCCAGAUCAAGAUAUUUGCAGGGCAGCAGUCCAGCAAAUAGAAAAUGUGCCAAGUGAUGAAUUAUUAGAAUACCUCCCACAGCUGGUUCAGGUGCUCAAGUUUGAGUGGAGUCUUGAAAGCCUUCUGGUGGAACUCCUGCUGAAUCCUUCUCUGCAGAGCAUCCAAGCAGCACAUCUCCUCUCUUGGCUGCUGAAGAAUUCAGAGAAUGAUGUUCAUUUCAGAAUGUGCUAUAAGAAACUACUGGCUGCUCUCCAAUUCUGUGCUGGACAAGCCCUGAAGAAUAAGUUUUCUAAGGAAGAAAAACUCAUCAGAAUUCUAGAAGACAUUGCCACAAAAGUGAAAGCUGCCAGAGACCCAAAAAGAAAGGAGGUGUGGAAGGUGGAGCUCAGCUGACUCCAGGAGGUGAAGCUCUGCCCCCUGAGCCCCCAGCUUGCUGCCCAAGGCAUAGAGCCAGAUUCGUGUUCUUAUUUUCCAUCCAAUGCCUUUCCCUUAAAAAUCUCCUUCAUAAAUGCUCCAAGUGGAAACAUCAAUGUUAGUUUUAAGAUAGGUGAUGAUCUACAUCAAGAACUGGUUCUGCAACUUACUCGAGUGAUGGACAGCACUUGGCUCUGAGAGGGGCUGGAUAUGCAAAUGAUCCUUUAUAGGUGUUUAUCCACAGGGAAAGGACAAGGACUGGUUCAGAUGGUGCCAGAUGCUACCACACUAGCAAAGAUCCACAGGGAGUCUGCACUGAGAGCACCACUGAAAGAAAACACAAUUUAAAAGUGGUUUCACCAUCACCAUCCUCUGGAAUCGAGUUACCAAGAAGCCAUAAGGAAUUUCUUUGAUUCCUGUGCUGGCUUUGUUGUUACCUUCAUCCUGGGAGUUUGUGAUGGACACAGUGACAACAUAAUGCUGACAAAAGCUGGACACAUGUGCCACAUAGAUUUUGGAAGAUUUUUUGGACAUGCACAAAUGUUUGGCAGCAUCAGAAGGGACUGAGCUCCCUUCAUCUCCACAUCAGAGAUGGAGUAUUUCAUAACAGAGGGUGGGAAAAGCCCACAGCACUUCCAGGAGUUUGUGGAGCUUUGUUGUCGAGCUUAUAAUAAAAUCAGGAACCACAGCCAGCUACUCCUGAACCUGCUAGAGAUGGUGCUGCAUGCAGGAUUGCCUGAGCUGAGCAGCCUCCAGGAUCUGAAAUAUGUGUAUGAAAACCUCCAUCCUCAGGACUCAGAUCUCCAGGCUACAAGCAGCUUUACAAGGUUCCUGUCAUUGCCCAGGUCUGCCAUAUCCACUCCAAACCACAAAUGCCAGCAGUUUCCAGCUGGGCAAUCCACAGGAACUCCUUUCCAAACACUGUGCUGGUCUCAAACUGAUCAGCCAAUCUCUGUCUCUCAGGGAGAGAAUUUCAGCAAGAAAUAUCCCAAAGAGGGAUAUCUCAUCCAGGUGCUGCAAACCUGCAAUGUGAUCACCUGCCUGGAAAAAUCCUGUGGCCAGUUCUCCAAACCUCACAGCCAGCUCCAGGAGCAAUGCCCACCUCAUGCCCUCCCAGAGUUUCCCCACUCAUGGCAUUUACCUAUACGUAUUGAACACACAGGAGUGAAGGAUUUGACCCUCUACCUGAAGCAGCUAUGAAGUGGCUCCAGGAAACUGGCUAAUAGUGACCUUGCAUUCAGCUUCUUCCUCAAUUGGCCCAAAAAUACCUUGGCAGAAGAUUCAUCAUCUCUGGCCUUAGCUGCUCAGUCAGCUGGCCACAGCCUGGAGUACAGCUGCUCAAAUCCUAUGGGAACACCCAUCUGACAACAAAGCUGAAUCACAGGAGGAACCUGAUGUCUGCAUAUUAAGCAUUUCAGGAUGACCUGGGACUGUGGCCUGUGUUUCUAAAAAUGAAGGACUGAGUCAUUGCUGACACAUGAGAAGGGUUGGUUUUGGCUAACUGCUGACAUCAAGAGCCAGGAGUUAUUUGACACAAGCUCCUGCUUCCCCAAAACUGGAAUGAGAGAACUGUGGGCUUGGAAAUGUUGAAGGGGCAAUCUUGGCAUCUUUAGCUGCCAGGUGCAACUCACUGUGAACAUGUGAACGUUUGUCCUGUGUGCCUGUGUAAGGGCAGAAGUGCUCAAGAUGGGGACAGAGCAAAGCUGACUUACACAGUGUGACACUUGCUCUCACAAGUACUCUGCUUUCAUUAAUCAAACUGACUUGGUCUGGCCUACUUCAGAUGAGCUGUGGUUCCUGCAGUGCCAGCCUAACGAGGUACCACAGAGCACUGCCAGCCCUUCUGCUGAGAGCUGGUGUCCACCAAGCCCAGCUGAAAAUGCCUGCACUUCAGCUGCUUCAACACAGAACCUGCUCACUUUGGCUGACACCUGAAUUUCAGCUGCCUCAGGGCAAAAAAACAACUGGCUGAGUCCAGCAGUGCUUUCAUCCACCACAAGAGCUUGCCUGGAUUAACUGCAAGGAACAUCCUUGAAGGAUGGAGAGGUGGAGGAACUCUGCAUUCUGCAGCACUGAACCCUGAGCCUGCCUCUUGGCACCUUCUGGUCUGAAACUCACUUUGGGAUGUGUGCUGAA